CGUCGCGGGGAGGGAGCUGUGGCUGCUGCUGUCGGGGCCGGGUGGGGUUCUUUUCCCCCGAUGUUAAAAGUUGUGUGCCGAGUGUGGCGGCGGGGGGUUGUUGCGCGCUCCGUCGGCAGCAGGCUAAAAGGUACAGCCUGAUCGAGGCCCAUUUCCAGACAGACGUGGAUGAUGCCAGAGCUAUGACAGGGACUGCAGUCUUGGCACUGAAGGGUGGUGAUCAGUUAUGGAACAGCCGAAGGAGGAAAUACCUGAGGUCAGGGAAGAGGAGGAGGAAGAGGAAGAGGUACUAACAGCAGUAAGUGGAGCCACAGACCCAAAUGGUGGACCAGAUAAUUCAACACCUUCUGUCAGCUACACAGAUCUUUCUCAGAGUUCUUCUCCUUCUCUGUCAGACCAACUCCAGAUGGGCUGUGAUGAGGCAACGUCAGGAAGUCUAAAUGUGGAGUGCAGGGUCUGUGGUGACAAAGCAUCAGGAUUUCACUAUGGAGUGCAUGCAUGCGAGGGUUGUAAGGGCUUCUUUCGUCGAACGAUCCGUAUGAAGCUGAAGUACGAGAAAUGUGAACGAAGCUGCAAGAUUCAAAAAAAGAACCGGAACAAGUGCCAGUACUGCCGCUUUCAGAAAUGCCUCCAUACGGAAAAUGUCUCCAUCCGUUUUGGCCGCAUGCCAGAAGCUGAAAAAAGGAAGCUGGUGGCAGGAUUGACAGCAUGUGAAAUCAGUUGCCAGAACCAACAGCUGGCUGACCUGAAACUCUUUUCAAAGCACAUCUAUAAUGCCUACCUGAAAAACUUCAACAUGACCAAAAAGAAAGCACGAGGCAUCCUGACGGGGAAAGCCAGCAGCACACCACCGUUUGUGAUUCAUGACAUGGAUACCUUGUGGCAAGCAGAAAAGGGCCUGGUGUGGAAGCAGCUGGUAAAUGGGAUACCUCCAUACAAGGAGAUUGGUGUCCAUGUCUUCUACCGCUGCCAGUGUACAUCAGUGGAAACUGUGCGGGAGCUCACAGAAUUUGCCAAGAGCAUCCCUAGCUUCAUCAGCCUUUAUCUUAAUGACCAAGUGACUUUGCUGAAAUAUGGAGUACAUGAGGCCAUCUUUGCCAUGCUUGCCUCCAUCAUGAACAAGGAUGGACUCCUGGUGGCCAAUGGGAAUGGCUUUGUGACACGUGAGUUCCUUCGCAGCUUGCGCAAACCCUUCAAUGAAAUAAUGGAACCCAAAUUUGAGUUUGCUGUGAAGUUCAAUGCCCUGGAGCUAGAUGACAGUGACCUGUCUCUGUUUGUAGCAGCCAUCAUCCUGUGUGGAGACCGUCCUGGCCUGAUGAAUGUUAAACAGGUAGAAGAGAUUCAAGACAAUAUACUCCAAGCCCUUGAGUUCCACCUGCAGGCCAAUCACCCAGAUACUCAAUACCUCUUCCCUAAGCUGCUGCAGAAGAUGGCUGACUUACGGCAGCUAGUGACUGAGCAUGCACAGCUGGUGCAGAAGAUCAAAAAGACAGAAACAGAGACUUCCCUGCAUCCGCUUUUGCAGGAAAUCUACAAAGACAUGUACUGAGGAGCCUAUAUUUAUGAAAUAGGUUAAAGCCAUGGAGCCGAGCAAAAUGCUUUGUACAUUGGCCAACAAAUCCCCUGUGUCUUCCGUUUCUUUUACUGGAAGUGCUUUUUCUAUAUGAUCACUGCAUAUACUGUAUAUAGGGGUGUGCAACAUCAGAUCUGGUAUCUACCACAUGGUGGUAGAUCAGGGCUUCCGUUAACAUACAUUCACUAAGUGAAACUUAAAAAGCACAUCAUAAGCUAAAUAUAUGUUGCAACAGUUUGGCUGUUACACUGUCCCUUCAUUGUUGUGUUUACACACAUCAUGCAAAUGCAUUUGAGCUGUUGGUUACAUUGUCCUCAUGGACAACAUGGAUUGUGUCCAAGCAAUUGUCUGGCAGGUACAGCACUUGCAUCAUAUAUCUCCUGUAUAUUUUUGUAUUGCACUCUGAAUUCUUGCUUGGCCCUAAGCCACAAAUUCUAAGAUGUGCAAAGAAAGGGUGUGUAUGUACUUGUAUAUAUACAGAUUUCCCAAAGAAACUUCCAAGUGUUUAAGGGUACGAACACUCCAUGUAGGGGCAGUUUUGAAGGGAGGGCUUUGCUUGUCCCCCUCAGUGCACAAAGCCAGAUAUGCUUUCUUCAUGGAAGGCCAUCCCUCCUGUCUUCCACAUUGGGAACACACCCUUUCUUCCUUUGUGUUGUUUGACAACAGCAUUUUGUUGAAACUCUUUAAUGGUUCGUUUAAAUUUACUAAAAAGAAGAGGCUUCUCUUUCCCUGUUUUAUUUUAGUUUAUUUUUUAUUAUGUGUGCCAGAGUUUACCAGUUAAUGGAACUGAACAUGAAACAAAAUGGGGAGGGGGAUUUUGUUCUUGGAUGGUAGCUGACAAAAUUCCUUUUUCUUCCUUCAUCUGAGCCAAAGUAGAUUCAAUACUCCCUGCAGUCCGGCUAUACAAAACCUUGCACUUGAGUCUCUAUCUCCCCCCCACACACAUACACACAAAAUAACAGGGUACAAUGUAGGUACUGCUCCUAAGAAAGCAACACACAGGCUAUUCUGAACUCAAAGUGAUAGGAGGAUGUUGGCAAGGACAGUGGUGUGUUUUUCUGUUGUGAAGUUCCUUCAUGAUUCUUUCCAAGCUAUUCGAGAAAGAGCUGAAGGGGAAUUCUUGAUCUGUGAACUGCAAGUGUGCCUUUUCCAUGAAUUCAUAUUGCAUCACCCAUUCCAGAUCUCCAAAGCUGGCAAGAGUCAUAGCGUAAGUAAACAGCCCACUCCACAUUUUGAUCUGUGGACCUUGUGAGAUCAUCCCCUUUGGACUGUGGGCAGAUUCACAUAGAACAAAGAUGCACAUAGUACAAAGUUUAUGUGGCAAACACAUGGAGUGCCAGACGAUGUUCCUAAGUGUGUAGAGAGAAGGGGUUUAAGCUCAUCGACCCUAGUCAUUUUCCCACUUUGAAACAGCCUCAGAAAGAUGCUGUUUGUUUACAUGAGGAAGCUUAUAGUUCUUCAAACAAGAAAAUGGAGGGAAGGGACUUAAACCCAUUUUUCCUGCCUACUACAGUCCUGAUCUAAAUUGGUCCCCUAUGCACCUGGGAAUUGAGUUCCUAGAGCAGAACUCCAGAUGCAUGCCUAAUCCAAAGUCUUGGUGAGUACAUAUCCAUCACAUUAAUUUUUAAUGUGUUUAUUGGCCCAUAUGUGAUCUGCGUGGUUUACUUAGUCUUGACUUGCAAUCUGUUCCCAGCGUUAAUACCACCAUACUAGACAUAGUCCAAGAAUCUUAGUAAGUGGGUUUCGUUCUGUUUUUUUUUCUUUCUGUGAGGCCUUACACUGGUUUAUUUCAUUUGUUUCUCAAAUGGAUUACAAGCCAUUGGAGAAGAAAAAUCAGUGUCAAAAUAGAACUUUAGAAGAAUAAGCAGGAUGUAAUGGCAUCACAGAUACAUAAUGAUAGAUUUUGCUGUGUGCAAACGUUGAUUAAACUUAAUGGUGUUGAAA